UGAAACUCUGGCUGAAUGAAGCAGGAAAAGAGAAAAGAGAAACAUGCCUGGUCACAUUUAGUUCCAGGCAAGAGGCUUGACUGCGGAGGUCGACUACGUUGUAAUAGUUGUAACAAACAAAAUACAUUUUAUGUACGGUAGUUUUGCAAAGAAAAUGUUAAACUGUGCGCAUUAUCACCACCACCAGCCUUGUGAUGGUCAGCUGGCAGGGGCGGCCGGACCGAGGGACAGCGCGGGGCUCUGGCGCUACCCGGCGGAGAGGGGCGACAUCGAGGCCGUGGAGGCGCUCAUGGCCAUGAGCAGCAGCUGGAAGGCCGGGGGCCACGCCCCCCGCGACCUCCGACCCCUCACGCCGUCUUCGGACAUCUCUGAGGAGGGCGCCCUCGUGCCCGGCUCUGCGGAAUUUCAGGGGUCGCCCUUUUGUAUGACACCACCGUGCAGCCCUCCAGACUUUGAGCCUGUGCACCCCGCUCAGUCUGCUGUGUGCCGGACGCCGCAGCCGGAGGAGGAGCUGGGUCCAGCGCCCGCCGUGCCGCCCAGAUCCCACACCGCCAGCGUGAUCCGCCACACGGCCGACUCCCUGCCCUGCACCUGCAGCGCCUGUCCCGCCGACCGGCCGGACCAGGACUCCUGCGGGGAGCGGGUGCCCGGCGGGGGCGGCGCUGCCGGGUGCCCGUCGGACGUGCCGAUGGACCGAGGCGCCAGGGUGGACCCUGUGCUGCCAGCCUCCGGCCCCUCAGGACCGCUAUUGACAUUGACCCCAGUUACUAUGACUGCCCCAACUGGCCCUCCUGCCCCUACUCUGCCUAGCUGUUCUGCCCCUGCCCCAACUUGCCCUCCUGCCUCUGCCCCGGCUGGUUUGGCCCCUGUGAGGGUCUCUCCGGUGCCCGUCCUCAGCCAGAUGGUCUCCAUGCCCCGUGCCACGCGCCCCGUGGCCAUCAUGCCCGCCCCGGGCCCCGCAGAGAGCCAGCAGCAGUCAGCGGUCUGCCAGCCCCUGGUGCUCAUGGGAGGGCAGGUCGCCAGGGGCCCCGUCAUGUUCCUCGUCCCCCAGCUGGUGACCCCAAAGCAGCCCCUGGCGGGCGCGACCGCCGUCGGCAGCAGGCUUCCCGCCAUCGCCCCGGCGCCUGGCUUUGUCCCUGUGGUGCAGAAGAGCAGCCCGCCGCCCGCGGAGCCACGGGUUCGAAACCACGUCUGCUCCCACCCCAGCUGUGGGAAGACCUACUUCAAGAGCUCCCAUCUGAAGGCCCACACGAGGACUCACACAGGUGAGAAGCCUUUCUUCUGCAGCUGGGAGGGGUGCGAGAGACGAUUCGCCCGCUCGGACGAGCUGUCCCGCCACCGCCGCACCCACACGGGGGAGAAGCGCUUCGCCUGUCCCAUGUGCCACAGCCGCUUCAUGCGCAGCGACCACCUGGCCAAGCACGCCCGCCGGCACCUGAGCGCCAAGAAAGUGCCCUACUGGCAGAUGGAGGUCAGCUUCCUCAAGGACUUCACCACAGUGUGCCCUCCGCCCUUAGCUUUGCCCUGAGGGUCCUGCUACACUGCGCCCUACACCCUUUACCCUGAGGGUCCUGGUACAGUGCGCCCUACACCCUUUACCCUGAGGGUCCUGGUACACUGCGCCCUACACCCUUUACCCUGAGGGUCCUGGUACAGUGCGCCCUACACCCUUUACCCUGAGGGUCCUGGUACAGUGUGCCCUACACCCUUUACCCUGAGGGUCCUGGUACACUGCGCCCUACACCCUUUACCCUGAGGGUCCUGGUACACUGCGCCCUACACCCUUUACCCUGAGGGUCCUGGUACAGUGUGCCCUACACCCUUUACCCUGAGGGUCCUGGUACACUGCGCCCUACACCCUUUACCCUGAGGGUCCUGGUACACUGCGCCCUACACCCUUUACCCUGAGGGUCCUGGUACAGUGUGAUCUCCACCAGCACUCUAGGGAUAUGCGGAAAGAACUUUAGGAAGAUGGCUCACUCAGAGAGGAUCCCUACAGCACAAUAAUUCAAUUGCACUCAGACAUUUUGGGUUAGUUUUGCAGCUAUGCCCAGGUUUCCAUUGCAGUUCAGGUAAGAUGGGAAGUCAGGGAGGACUUUGAACUUUGCUGCUGUUGGUACUACUACGUACUACUUUUGUGGGGUUUUCUUUUGUUUAAGAUUUUUGUUUACACUAUGUAAGACUACUGUAAUUAUGUCAGCAUUAUGUUUUAUACCAAAGUCAGGGGUGACCCGGUUGUAGAAGGUCCCUGCUGAUCGUAAUCAUGACCUAUGCUUGUCUGUUUCCUGUCAGAAUUUUCUGAAGCACUGUCGCCAUGGUAAAGAGUCAAACGGCACCUGUUCAGCUGCAGAGCUGCAGCCAGGUUGGCUUGAGGUAGAGCCUAAGCUUGCAAAGCUGGUAUGGCACUAUUGCAUUUCCAUUGCAUCACCCAUAAGCCUUCGCACCCAAACGAAGCACGUGACAUUGCACUUGCCUGGACAGGUUUGUGCACUUAUGGGCGGCAUUUGUACCUGCAAAUUGCUUCUGAAAUAUAAUAAUUAACAAAGAUUCCCCUUGGUAAUAUUGUCAGAGCUGGAAUUCAUGCUUCUGUUUGGGACAUCUUUCCUUUGCAAGUAAAAGAAAUGCAAUUUGUUUAGUACAGACAAAGCUUCGGAAAUGCCUCUGCCUACGGUUCACUUGUAUGCCAGCCAGCAGAAGUAAUAAUGCCAGAUUGAGCCGACACAAACAGCUUUAAUCUGGAUGGAGAAAAUAAUGUAGUGGAAAUCACCUCAGACCAAACUGGUUCCUGCUCUGUAGUAACAAUGCAGGGCUGCUCUUUGUCUGUCACCUGGUCUCGCCAAACUGAAUGAACAGAACUAGUCCUCAUUUAGCGUAGCAGUGUUAUAGUUAAGGGCUUAAUCACGAUGCAGCAAACUGCUUAAUGAGAGUCUGAGCACAAGUGACUUGUCCUCUUAAAAAACAGACUUAUGGGCGAAGUUCACACUUCAUUCACUUCAUGGAGUUGUUACUGUACAAUGCAGUGUUAAAUACAUUUUCCAUCAACCAGCAGUUUUCUUUUUUACAUUUGUUUUCAUUGGUGAUUUAUUUGUGUUUUUGGCUUGGAGUUUGGUGAAGGGAAAUUUUGUUUGAUACUGUUUGUGAACUGUGACCAAUAUCAAUUGUUUUCAAAUUUGCUUAAAUUAAGGAAUUAUCAUCCCAAAUUAUUUAGUUAGUUUUUUCCAAUCGCCUUUAGAUCAGAUUCCCAGAUAAAACUACUGAACUUAUUUCAUUGAAUUUUGUUUAAUGUGUUUUGAACAUUGUAACAAAGAAUAUAAAAUAGAAUAUACAAUUUUGACCAAAUCAAUAUUGGGAAAAAUAUCAAAGGUUAGGUUAUAUAAUACCUGGAAUAUCGAAUGAACCAACUAUUUUAUAUUGAUGAUUUUGCACAGAACUUCUGAUUUGUUUUCUAAGAUAAUAAACAUAUUUUGUUAUAAA